AUGUCGUUCCUUCGAUGGAUGGGAAUGAGCUCUCAGGGCUCUUCUAGCCGCAGGAAGGAUUCUGGCGACCAUCCGAUGACACCGAAUGAAUAUCCCAUUGUUCCAUCAACUGAUCGCUUUUUUGGUUUAACAAAUUUUGGUAAUACUUGUUAUGUGAGUUCUGUUCUUGUUUCACUGUUUCACCUGAAACAAUUUCGUAAGACUUUGAGCGAGUUUCCUUCGAAAGCAAUGGCUCCAAAUUUCAAAAGUGUCUGUGGAAACAACCCAACUAAUGAACCGGCUUCUUCUCAUAAUCAUCACAGUCAUCACACGAAGAAAAAGGACAAAGGCGAUGGCCGAAAGCUUUCCUCUCAACAAUCGUACAAUAGUUGCGGCUGUGCUGAUAUUCUCACGUUUAACGAAAUUGCUGCAAAACAUAAGAUUUCAGUUGACGAAUCUGGUUCUCAGGCAUAUGGCAUGGACGAGAAUAUUUUUACUGCAUUAAAGGAUUUGUAUGAAUCCAUUGCUACUUGUGAGUGCCGGUACGGUGUUUGUUCACCAACACGAUUUAUACAAGUGUUGCGCAGAGAUAAUGAACUGUUUCGUGCAACUCAACAGCAAGAUGCACACGAAUUUUUGUAUUUUCUUCUGAAUGCUAUUGAAGAAAUUAUCAACGAGUAUUAUCGCUCGCAUUCCGAAACAUCAGGUCCUAAUUGGAUUCAUUCUUUGUUCGGCGGCAUUUUAACCAGCGAGACGAAAUGUCUUACAUGCGAAAAUGUAACCUCUCGCGAAGAAUCAUUCUUAGAUUUAAGUAUUGACAUUGAGGAUUUCUCUUCCGUCUCUUCGUGUCUGCGAACGUUUUCUUCUGCAGAAAUGCUGUCCUCCAAAAAUAAAUUUCACUGCGAUGCUUGUCGAAGUUUACAAGAGGCAGAGAAGCGUAUCAAGUUAAAGCAGCUUCCUCAAAUUUUGGCCCUUCAUUUGAAACGAUUUAAUUAUUCUGAGCAACAAUCUGGUCAUGCAAAGCUGUUUCAUACAGUAGCGUAUCCGAGCGAACUGCGUCUUCCAAAUACGACUGAAGAUGCUGAAGACGCAGAUCGACUAUACGAACUUUCUGCAAUCAUUGUCCAUAUAGGAGGAGGGCCCCAUCAUGGCCACUAUGUUGCUAUUGUACGUACCACAUCUUGCGGUUGGGUUUUGUUUGAUGAUGAAACGGUUACACCCGUUGAUGAUAGUUUCAUUCGAAAGUUUUUUGGUGACCAACCUGGAGAGGCAACAGCUUAUGUUUUAUUCUACACAGCAAAAGAAGAAGAGACUCCUUCGUCCGACGACGGCUCUAUGAGUGCCACGCCCACGACGAGUAAUUCGAACGAUGCCUAUCGCUCAUCUCAAUCGCCAGCUUCUAAUUCCCUUACUUCUCAAAUGGCACAACUUGACAUACUUCCACCAUCACAUAUCACUGCAUCUCCCACUUUCUCAGACACUAUUGAGGUUCCCCAACGUCCUGCUCCCGUUCCCAUUCAUGCACCUUCCGCUGCUCGCAUAACGACUCCUCAACGUGCAACUACCUUCUCCUCUCGUUCCAAGAGCUUCAAAAAAGAACCACACUCUUUCCUUUCCUCCUUUAAUGGAAACAGAAACUCAUUCAUCACUUCCCCAGAAACAACUUUAAAAUCACCCAGUUUCCCCAUCGAUGGAAAAGACAUGUUCGACGUUCCGCAGCCCAACAAACGUUUUCAUAAAAGCGCUUUCAGGUCUCUUCGUUAUCGAAAGUAG